AUUCGACUUUUUUCUAUAUAUCGAUUUUCGAUAGAUUUCUGAUUGCCAUUGUUUGAUAUAUUUUGGUUAUUUAGCAAAAUAAAUAGAAAAACUAUUAAUUGUGAUGUUAUUUAAAUUCUGCAUUUAUUAAUUGAUAAUUUUUAUUUUAAAAAACGUGAAAGUUGGCACAGAACUUAUGACAAAUUUAUUAACCUGCAUGGAUACAAAUCAUUCAAAUAUGGUGUUGACAUCGGAAAGAAAAUACUUUAAUGAUGAAUCACAUAUAGAGGAAGGAAACGCUAUAGUCCACGAUGCUUUUAUCGUAGAAAAUGCCAAAUGUUUUCUAUGUGAUCGAAAUUUUGUUGAAGGUGAAGAUACCUUUUUAAUUUUCGAAAUACGUCUGCGUGAUGAUGGAGGAAUUGAUAAUCCUUUAUCCCUUGUGUUGGCAACUGCUUUGGGCAGAGAUUUAGAUGAAAUUAGCACACAUUCCAACUUACUCUGUCAGUCUUGUAAUAAAAAUACAUUGGAGUUUGAAAAACUACUUCAUAAAUUUUGUGAAGUCCGUAUAAAAAUAAUUAAAGCAUAUAAUCGAACAGUACAAAGGUAUAACAUGGAUCCAAUCUUAACUGAUUUUGAAAACGAAAUAUCACGAAUAGAAAAAUCUGAAUUGGGAGAAUUAAUUGAUAAUAUAAUUAUUGAUGAAUUACAAAGUGAAACUAAAAACACGAACUCGGAUGAAUGUCCUAACGUUAGCUUAGAAACAAAUGACGAUAAUUCUACAGAAGCAAUUGACUCGAAAGUUCUGGAGGGUACAGAACUUUCAUUGGAUGAUUCUAUGGUUGAUUUAAUAGAGGAAAUUACCGACAGUGAAGAUAUAAUUGCCGAAUCAAAACUUCCAAAUACUGAAGCUAAAUGCGGGGAAGAUAAUGGGAAUACCCAAUUCAAUAAUUAUACCGAGAUUAUUUCGGACUUAACAGAAAAUACUCAUCAAGAUUUGAUGAUCUUUCAUAUGCAUAGUGUCGACUCCAAAAUAUCUGAACCGUUAUCACAUUCAUUAGACGUUAAAAGCAAAGAACCAUUUAUUUUUGAUCCAGAUGAAAGUAAUAAUGGUUCUUCUACAUUAAAUUAUACAAUCUCAACUGACAAUCCUGAGGAUGUUAAUGACAUGACAACGGAUGAGCAAAUGAAAAUGGUUUUCGAACAAGUAAAUAAUCUAUACUUUUGCUUGUUGUGCGAGGAACAAAAGACAAUGACAGCCGAACUAUUUGCGGAACAUAUGCUCAAAAGUCAUGAUCUAAAUUUUUAUUCUUGUGAGUAUUGUUCUUCAGGCUUCAUUUCAAUUGAAAGUAUGAAAGAACAUAUAGAAAGUAUGCAUUCAAAAAUAUCAUGCGCUGAACAAGUUAAAAACAUAGAAUAUCCGUGUGAUGAAUGUCAAGAAGUUUUUGAAAAUAAUCAAUUAUUGCGUGUACACAAACGAACUCACAGCAAUGCUUCCUUACAAUACGAAUGUUCCGAGUGCCUGAAAAGAUAUAGUACCCAAAGGUUGUUGCUUGAGCAUAUGAACAUGCACACCGGGCGCCGACCGUAUAAGUGCACGAAAUGCCCAAAGGACUUCGCAUCAAAAUACACCUUGCAGGGUCAUAUGAAAAUUCAUAGUGACCGAUUACGUCCAUAUAAAUGUGAUAAAUGUAAUAAAGCAUUUCUGAACCAACAAACCCUUACACAUCAUAAGAAGCUGCACAUGGGAGAAAAGUCAUUCAUAUGUGAUAUCUGCUCGAAAGCAUUUAGCACACAACAUAAUCUGGAUGUGCAUAAGAUUGUGCAUACUGGCCAGCGUCCAUUCAUAUGUCGAACAUGUGGCAAAGCUUUCGCACGUCGCGCUGAAAUCAAAGAUCAUGAACGUAUACAUACCGGAGAGAAGCCAUAUAAAUGUGAUAUGUGUGAUGCUGCAUUCGCUCAGCGUUCAAAUCUGAUGACUCACCGGAAGUCGACACAUUUAAAUGAGAAAUUACAUAAGUGCGACCAGUGCGACCGUUCGUUUAAAAGACGACGCUUGUUGCAAUAUCAUAUCAACGCGGUGCACACAGGUGUGCGCCCGCACGAAUGCGAAAUAUGCGGUUCUUCAUUUGUUUAUCCUGAGCAUAAGAAGAAGCAUAUGCUUAUACAUGGCACUACUAAGCCAUAUACUUGUGAAAUAUGUGGCAAAGAAUUUAACAGUUGCGCCAAUCGAAAUGCUCAUCGAUAUGUACAUAGCACAAAAAAGCCAUACGAGUGUCUGAAAUGCGGUGCCGGCUUCAUGCGCAAACCUCUGUUGUUGACACAUAUGAAAAUUGCAGGGCAUACGAACGACACAAUUAUUAUAAACCAGCCACAUAUAAAUGACAAUAAGACACUGAAAUUAGAGAGAGAAUUGAGCCUAGCUGAUUCAUGUGAUGAAACUAACGAAGUUCCUGCAAACUCCUCGCAAGAAUCAAAUACAAGUGGUUGUAACGAACCACUCCAAAUAAUUGCGCAGCACGCAGGAGAAGUUAUAAGUGAUGUGGCGGAAGCCGAUAGUGUACAGUACCUGCAAUUUGACGACUUAGACAAAGAUGGCCAUCAAUUAAUAACAUGGGUAGACAUUGGACGAGAUAAAGAUGAUAAUUAACUUGUUUUCUUUUUUAAAAGUACAAAUUUUACUGAUCAACACAUAAUUCAAAUACAAAUUUAAAUUGUAUAAUAUUUAGAUUAAAAGUGGAUGUCACCAAGUCUGAAUAGAGUAGCCAUUCAUUUUAACUUAUGAAUUUUCAGCUGAAACUUCAAAUUUCACCUAAGGAUGAUGCUAUAGUGAUGAUAUAUUCUAUAUGGGCGUUAAAAGCUGAAAUAAAAAAUUAUGUUAACCGA